GAGCAUUCGCUGCGCGCGGCACACAUUGGCAGUCAUGUACGUGGCUCUCAGUUUCCUCCUACUCAGCCUGACAUUCGUUGUCCACGGCUUACCAACGAGCCAUAUCAUCGGUGGUACCGAUGCACCGGUCGGCAAGUAUCCACACCACGUUGCCCUGAAGUACGAUGGCAGGUUUCGUUGCGGAGGGUCAAUUAUUAGCAAACGUUACAUUCUUACCGCAGCUCAUUGUGUGAACACUCUGGCCGAUCCUAAGAAACUCGUAGUCCACGCUGGAACGAUCUAUUUGAACGAGACGGGUGACGUUUAUCAAACAGAAAGCACAGUGUGGCACGCUGGUUUUGACGAUUACAGACUUAAUAACGACAUUGGUCUUAUUCGGGUAAACAGAGACAUUGUGUUCAGCAAUGUGAUAAAACCUAUUGCGGUUGCGCAAGAGGAUUCUGCUGGCGAAAAUACACCUUGCGUCGUGUCCGGUUGGGGCAGAACCUCGGUAAAUGGACCUACGCCUAACACCUUACAAGAACUUGCCUUAAAAGUUUACUCUCCCGAAAAAUGUAAACGUGAAUCUUGGCAAGUAACCGACAAUCACAUCUGCACUCUCACAAAAGCAGGCGAAGGAGUGUGCUUUGGUGAUUCAGGCAGCGCUCUCCUCGCUAAUGGCGCUCAGAUUGGAAUUGCGUCCUUCGUAGUCCCAUGUGCACUAGGGAUUGCCGACAAGUUCACAAAGGUGUAUGCUUAUCGAUCUUGGCUGGAGGAACACACCGUUGAUGUUGUUUAUUAUAUGUUUUUGUUCUUGUUUGAAAUAGGUCGGCCGAGCACUCACAUCGUCGGCGGCAAUGACGCUUUCGUCGGCGGGUAUCCUUACAUGGUGUCUCUGAGGCAGAAGAAUAACCAUUUCUGUGGUGGAUCUAUCAUCGCUAAACGUUACAUUCUCACCGCAGCUCAUUGCCUCGCAUCGUUGACCGAUCCCAACGUUCUCAAAGAUGUAACGGUUAACGCCGGUACCAACUUUUUGAAUAAAACUGGUUACGCGUAUGCCGUUGAAAAAGUCAUUAUUCAUACUGAUUUUGAUAUGAAUUUUAUUCGCAACGACAUCGGCUUGCUCCGUCUAAAGAGAGAUAUAACAUACAACAAGGUGGUGCAACCGAUCUCUCUCGCAAACAACGAUUCCGUGGCAGUUGGCGAACUCUGUUUCCUGACUGGAUGGGGAAAGCUGAAAUUCUUGGGUAAAAUACCGAAUAAACUGCAAAAACUCGAUUUGAAAGUCUAUUCACAAGCCAAGUGCAAAUUGUUAUGGGAUGUACUGGACAGUCAGAUUUGUGCGUUUUCGCAAUAUGGUCAGGGAGCAUGUCACGGUGAUUCCGGUAGCCCACUCGUUGCGAACGGUGUCCAAAUCGGUCUUGCGUCGUUCGUUCAACCGUGCGCUGUCGGAUACCCAGACGUAUAUACAAGAGUAUCCACUUUCAAGGAUUGGAUCGUCCAGCAUAUAUCGAAAUAAAUUUUAUUAAUUUUAUUAAUUCUUCCGACACGUCUUAUUAAGUCUUAAUUCUGCCGACACGUCGACAUCUCGACGAAGGAAAACAUGUGGCGCGAACAUUUAUUAUAUGUAUCAUUCAUCCGUGCAGAACAAGUUGAUUAAAACCAGAUUGUUUGCACGUAAUAAAUUUAUUUAUUAAAA